AUGCAUCCUUCAGUUCUCAAUUUACAGCUACACUUACAGAAUUAUCAAUCCAUGAGUUUCAAGGAUGAUGAGGAUAUCAGGGAUGUACUGAAAAAUCAGUUGAAGAAAAGGACCAUGUUAACAGAGUUUUUCUAUAUGAAUGCAACUGAUGACUUAGCAAAAGCCUUAAAAUGCACAUAUAAGGAGUUCCCUGAACAUUUCGUUUGGCAUCCAGAUAAGAGGUACUGGUCAGCGAGGAAACAAAAAAACUGUAUUAGAAGAAUUGUUGCAGCAAAUCCAAAUGAAGGGGAGUGUUAUUUUCUGUGGCUGCUUUUAGUCAGCGUUAAGGGACCAACUUCAUUUGAUGAUCUCAAAAUCAUAGAUGGUAAAUAUGCAGCAAGCUUUCAGGAAGCAGCAACACUGAGUGGAUAUUUUGAAUCAAAUAACGCACAGGAACAAUGCCUCCAAGAAGCAGCAUUAUAUCAUAUGUCACACACUUUCAGGAGACUUUUUGCUACAUUAUUAGUACAUUUCCCACCAGUAAAUCCUAGACAGCUUUGGCAAAAUUUCGAGACAUCCUUAUCCGAAGAUUUUUAUCACCAAUUUGAUGCACAACCUGAUCAGAUAAGAAUACAAGUGUUUCAUGAAAUAAGUAAAUUCUUACAAUCAAUGGGCAAGAAUAUCAAUAGCUACAACUUAGUUCCACGAAUUCUGAGGUUUGACCAAGCAGACAGAGAAACAAGAGAUACUAUCAGUGAAACUCAGAUUGCAGUAUCAGACGAAGAUAUAGCGUCCAUUAGUCGACUAAAUAUGGAGCAAAAACUUGCAUUUGACAUAAUUACAGCUCAUGUAUACAAUGAUCACAAAGGAUUAUUCUUCUUAGAUGGACUAGGAGGAAUCGGCAAGACAUUCUUAUAUAAAGCUUUACUGGCUGAUAUCAUAUCAAAAGGUUUUAUAGCAUUGGCUAUAGCAUCAAGUGGAGUUGCAGCAUCAAUACUUCCUGGAGGGCGAACAGCGCAUUCACGCUUCAAAAUACCAAUCAAUAUGGAUAGCAGCAAGAUGUGUACUGUUAGCAAACAAAGUACAUUAGCAGCAUUACUUCGACAAGUGAAGCUGAUCAUUUGGUAUGAAGCUCCAACAAUACACAAAACAGGAAUCGAAUGCGAGGACAAACUAUUGAGAGACUUGACAGACACAGAUGAUCUUUUUGGAGGCAAAGUCAUAGUUUUUGGGGAUGAUUUUCGUCAGGUACUUCCAGUCAUAACAAAAGGAACAAAGGCUGACUUCAUGCAAGCAAGUCUUAUAAAUUCCUAUAUUUGGCCUCAUUUACAGAAACUUAGACUUAAACAAAAUAUGAGAGCUCUUGUUGAUCCACACUUUACUGAUUAUCUUUUUCGUAUAGGAGAUAGAACAGAAUGUUUUGUCCACAACAACAAAAUUCAGAUUCCUAAAGACUUACUCGUGCCAUGCAGUACUGAAGAGCAAUCACUCAACAAAUUAAUUCAUGCAGUAUUUCUAGACUUGAAGAGCUGCUCACACGAAGAUUAUUCAUGGACAAACCGAGCUAUUCUAACAGCUAAAAACGACUUUGUCGAUGACAUAAACAAUGCAUUGAUAGAAGAAUUUUCAGGCAGUACUUUUGAAUACAUUAGCGGGAUAAAAUAG